CAAAAAACCCAUUAAAAAAAAACGAAGGGCAAAGCAAAGAAAAGCACUCGGUUUGGCUGCCGUCUUCAUCGUCGUCGAGGCAUAACCAAAACCUCGUUUCUUCUACUCCACUCUCUCUCCUCUGAUUUUCACAUUCACACUAAUUUCCUAUUUUCACUUCACUUCUUUUCUUUGAGAAACCCUAAUUUUUCGCUAUUUCUACUCACAUAUUUGAUCAAUUACUCAAGUUCUGCAAAAAUGGCCUACCAUGGUGGUACUCUCAAGUCGACCUCCAAUAAUGGCGUCAAAAUGUAUUCUUUGACCGGUCAACACCGUUCUUUAGCCACAUGGCUAAACCCUAAGAAACAGCGCGCUCUUCGCAAAGACCAAGAUUAUAUGCAAAGAGUAGAAUUGAUUCAGGACUUGAGGUUUGAAACUGCAACCAGCAAAAUUAAGGCCACACCUGAUGGAGAAUUUCUUAUUGCUUCAGGUACUUACCCUCCACAAGUUAAAGUCUAUGAGUUAAGAGAACUUUCUUUGAAGUUUGAAAGACAUUUGGAUUCUGAAAUAGUUGAUUUCCAGGUGCUUUCUGAUGAUUACUCAAAGCUUGCAUUUAUGUGUGCUGAUCGGUCAAUCAGACUUCAUGCUAAAUAUGGAAGUCACUAUAGUUUGAGGAUUCCGAGGAUGGGAAGGGAUUUGGCAUAUGAUUCCUGGUCUUGCGAUUUGCUCUGUGCUGCCUCUUCACCAGAUCUUUACAGAAUAAAUUUAGCGCAGGGUCGAUUUCUUGCCCCUCUCACUACUCAAUCUCCUGGAUUAAAUGUAGUGUCUAGAAGCAAGCUUCAUGGAUUAGUUGCUUGUGGUGGUGAGGAUGGGGCUGUUGAAUGCUUUGACAUGAGGACAAGAUCAUCUGUUGGUAGAAUUAAUGCUGUCUCAGCUUCUGAUGAGGAUGAGCAGGUCACUGCAAUUGAGUUUGAUGAGGAUGGAGGCUUCCAAAUGGCUGUAGGAAGCAGUGAGGGAAAGGUACUGAUCUAUGAUUUGCGAUCUUCUCAACCUAUUCGGGUCAAGGAUCACAUGUAUGGAAGCCCAAUAUUGGAUAUCAAGUGGCAUCGAACUUUGAAUUCAGAACAUCCUAAGUUAAUCAGCACAGAUAAUCACAUUGUCAGGAUUUGGGAUCCUGAAACGGGUGAAGGGAUGACCAGUAUUGAGCCAACAGGUGGCACAAUCAAUGAUAUCUGUGUAUUUCGUGAAAGUGGGCUAAUGUUGUUGGCCCUAGACUCUAGCAGUAUACCCUCCUACUUCAUUCCUGCUGUUGGUCCUGCGCCGAAGUGGUGUUCAUAUAUGGAAAACCUGACGGAAGAGCUGGAAGAAAAUGCCCAGACAUCUAUAUACGAUGAUUACAAGUUCUUGACCAAAGAAGAACUUGAGAAACUUAACUUGACAAGUUUAAUUGGAACCAAUCUUCUUAGAGCUUAUAUGCAUGGAUUCUUCAUUGAUUAUCGGUUGUAUAAAAAGGCAAAGGCAAUAGCGGAUCCAUUUGCAUAUGAUGCCUACAUUGAGCAGCGUAAGAAGGAGAAGUUGGAGAAGAUAUAUGAUGAACGUAUAACGAUUAGGAGGAAACUGCCAAAGGUUAAUCGUCGCCUGGCAGGUAGUCUUCUUGAGGAUGAAGCAGCAGAGAUUGAGAAGGAUGCAGAUACAAAGAGAACAUCAAAGAAAAGGAAGGGAUUGAGCAGUGACAUACUGAAAGAUGAUAGAUUUGCCGACAUGUUUAAUAAUCCGGAAUUUGAGAUUGAUGAGGAGUCCCAGGAAUAUUUGGCAUUACAUCCCAUUGCUCCCCAGAAGCAGUCUGCUCUGGUGGAGGAGCACUUUGAACCUAUAACGGAAGAUGAGAUGGGUCCAAGUGAUGGCGAUGAUGCGUCCUCUGCUUCUGAGGAUGAAGGCAGGUUGGAUAGAAAAUCGCGAGCUCCUAGGUUGUACGAAGUAAAGGACGAAAGGCAUGCACAAGCAUUCUUCGACAGCGUCUCACUUGCCAAGGAGGACGCUCUACCCUUAGGCGAGAGAGUAGCUGCUUUGCAGGAUGAAGAGAUGGCUUCACAUCUGCCUACCGGUGUUAAGGUAGGACCUGGAGGGUCACGAGAAAUUUCCUUUGUUUCUAGAAAUAAAGCCAAGUAUGAGGAAGACGAUAAAGAUGCACGCCGUAAUAAGCGGGGUGUCCAAUCGUUAGGUCUUAAGCCUACAAAUUAUGAGAAGAGAAGUCGAGGAGGGGGUAGAGGUAACCGAGGUGGAGGAGGAGGUAGAGGAUAUCGAGGAGGAGGUGGUGGUAGAGGAAAUCGAGGAGGAGGUGGUGGUAGAGGAAAUCGAGGAGGAGGUGGUAGGGGAGGCCGAGGAAGAGGCCGUGGAAGAGGUUGACAAUAAGGUUAUAGAGUUAACCCAUGGGAUCAAGGUAGAAAUUUUUGGUACUUUCUUCUGCCUUAAGAAAUUUUCAUUGUAGUUUAUUUUGUAUAAUAUUAUUAUAGAUUUUUAUAAAACAGACCAUUUUUUUUAAUUUCAAAAUCUAAGCUUUAAUUUAAUAGUUUACAUAAUUCUGCCUGUCACUCUCAGUUUUGUGCUCACGGAUGAUGCAGUGGGUGUUGGACUCUGAAUUUUUUCAACAUAUUAGCGUGUUUAAGGGUGUGUUUGGUUAUUAUUUUGGUUUUAAUAAUUUGCAUUUUCA